AUGGAGACACCAGGUGUAACCAGGGUGGGCGUGUGUGUGGUGGUCGCCCUGCUGAUGACCGGGUCGACAGGGUCAGUCUGCUCCACCACGGUGGAAUCGCUGGACUUAGGAUGCCUCCUGCGGUGGGAUUGUCCCCUUGCCAGUCCUAAUACCACCUACACCGUGCAGACAAAGACUCAGGGGGGCCCCUGGCAGGACGUCCCCUGGUGUGUCUGGCUGUCGUCCCUCAGCUGUGACGUCUCUCAGGCGUUCUCCAACUUUGAGCUGUACAACAUGAUCCGAGUGGGCGUCCACCUCCACCACAGCUACAGCGCCACCGUGUGGACGGAGCCACGCAAGUUCGACUACAGCGACUUCAGUCAGUCAGAGUCCGAACCUGCUGGAACACUUAAACAGUUAAAAUACAAUGAGGACCAGCUCCUGGUGAAGGUGCAGUUCCCCUGUGCGUCCAGCAGGGGGCUCUCUCCCAGGUCGUGCUGCCCCGUCUCUGAGCUGAUUGACCCCUGGACCACAGUGACGGUGUACAACAACCUGAACCACUCAGAGUACCAGAGCCGGACAGUUUGGAGCCAGGAGGUGGUGUCCCAUGUGGAGUUCUCAGGUUUUGCUCCGGGUCAGAACUACUGCGCCGUGGCCAACUUCUCCUUCCCGACCUUCUCCAUGGCGGCUUCCCCAAAGUCGGCCCCUCAGUGUGUGGAGACCGGCUCCCACUCAGACGUGCUGCCUGCGUUGUGUCUGGGCGUCGGGCUGACCUUCCUGCUCCUCGUUCCACUUCUCAUCAUGUUUCUGAGAAAAAGACCUCAACGAGCUGCAGCGACCACUGACAGUCAGCCCAAGACUCCGGUGUCCCUUCCUGAUCCAGUCUCCCUGGUCCCCCUCCCCCCGGCCCCCCUCGACCCUUCUGACAUCCACGUGGAAUUCACCGACGACCAAAUCUGCACCGACUCGUCCUGCAGCCAGGAUCAGACCUCCACACACAGGCCUGAUCCUCUCCACCACGAGCCAGACUGAACCAUCACGACUCAAAGAGUCAAAGACUCAAGAAGUGAGAGACACCGUGCGAGUGUUGCUCUAUAGAGGACAGAGCUGCUGUCUGUGCAGCAGAAAGCCGACAGGAUGUUUAAAGACUCGAUCACGGCACCAACAAACUGUUCAGACUUCUUCUUCUUCUUCAUCUGGAGAAAAUCCUGCAGCAUCGUCUCCUGCAGCAGCAGGACAACUUCAUCCCACAGGACAAAUGACUCUUUAUUUAUACAUUCUGUAUAUAUUCUUAUAUUACCUACUGUAAAUCACUUUAUUCAUGAUUUUACACCAGCGCUGUAUUAUUCAUAUCUUUUCUGUUGUCCUUUAAUGUCGACUAUGUUAGAUAUAUUGUAUUUAAUUCCUACAUUUUUAAGAUCUGUAAUAUACAGUUUUUCAACUUGAACUCCCUUUUUUGAUUUGUGUUUAUACAGUUUGUUCUCUGGCUCUUUUAUACAAUCCUGAUACAAAGUUGUUGGGGUUAUUUUUUCUUUUGCCAUGUUCGAUUUACUGGAUUUGCUGUGAAUAUGAAAAAUAAAGAACCUGGAACUUUUGUCAUUCCUGAGAAAAGUCACACAU